GAUAAAUAGAUAAUAGAACGAUACGCGGCAAUCUCCCGCUCUCUUCUGUACUUCCCCCCCUUCUCUCCCGCUAUUGGGAAUGCCGUCGCUUCUUGUGACGUCGACGACGAGCGCCGCGAUUCCGAGGGGUAGCAUUAGGGUUUCGGUGAAUGGCUUCCCUUCCUUCCUCCCCAAGGAGGUGGAUAAGAUUAGAGACCCUUUCGCCCGGGACAUGGCCAAGAGGAUCGAGCGGCUUCCUGUGAAGAUCAGCUUCUCAACAAGCUCCAUUAUGAGUAGCUGCGUUAAGCCACUACAAGAGCGGGGAACAGAGCCAGUUGUUCUCCUACAUGGAUUUGACAGCUCUUGUCUAGAAUGGAGGUAUUCAUAUCCAUUGCUUGAGGGUGCUGGAAUUGAUACAUGGGCUGUGGACAUUCUUGGAUGGGGAUUUUCAGAUUUACAAAUGCUUCCACCAUGUAAUGUGGCUGCCAAGCGUGAGCACCUAUACCAGCUUUGGAGGACAUACAUAGCAAGGCCCAUGGUGUUAGUCGGACCUAGCCUUGGUGCUUCUGUUGCCAUGGACUUUAUAGCCAACCAUCCAGAAGCGGUUAGUAAGUUAGUCAUGAUCGACGCAAGUAUUUAUGCAGAAGGCACCGGGAACCUAGCUAAACUACCUAGAAUAGUAGCUUAUGCUGGGCAGGUUUCCGUAUUGAAGAGCAUCCCACUGCGGUUCUAUGCAAAUUCCUUGGCCUUAAAUAAAGUCUCAUUGCAGUCAUCCUGGGACUCUAUGAAUGUGGGCCGAUUGCACUGCUUACAACCCUGGUGGGAGGAUGCAACUGUUGAUUUUAUGCUUAGUGGAGGUUAUGAUGUCCGAAAUCAUGUAAAACAGAUAAAACAAGAGACUUUAAUUAUAUGGGGACAGGACGAUCAAAUUGUUAGCAGCAAAGUAGCACUGAGAUUGCAUCAUGAACUACCAGAUUCUACCUUAAUUCAGAUUCCAGGAUGCGGUCAUAUUCCUCAUGUAGAGAAGCCAGAGUUGGUGGUCCAGUACAUUCUGAAGUUUAUUCGACAUGAAUGAUAAAGUUUCCAGAUCAUUAUUUAUCGUUGUUAGGGGCAGGGGGAGCAUGUGGAUGAUCAGUAGCUGGCCGUCAAUUACUGCCAAACAUCAUAUGGUAUGUGACUGUAGCGGGGAGCAAAUGAUGUGGCCCUUCACGGGCACAUGAUCUGCUGAGACCAAUCUCAGUGUGCUCAUCAAAGAUACAUAAAGAUUGAUAAAUUCUUCAAAAAAAAAACCUUUAGUUUUUUUUUUCUUUAAGAGUGAUCUUUUUUACAUAGCACUUCUUAUUUUAGAAAUAAGAUUAUUCUUAUGAUGGGCUAA